AUGUGCUAUAAAUUUCUUACUCUGAGUAAAAGGCUCCUACAUAACCUGUCACUACCGAUAUAUUGUAUGAGUCAAAAGGUAGAAAAACCAGUAUUAUCGGGUCAACGGAUCAAGACCAGAAAAAGAGAUGAGAAAGAGAAGUAUGACCCCAACGGGUUCCGCGACGCUCUGGUUCAAGGGCUGGAGCGCGCGGGCGGAGAUCUGGAGGCGGCCUAUAAGUUCCUAGACGCGGCUGGAUCGAAGCUCGACUAUCGCCGAUAUGGCGAGGUCAUUUUCGACGUUCUUAUCGCCGGGGGGUUAUUGCUCCCCGGUGGGUCAGUGUCGAUGGACGGGGAGACACCGAAGACGAACACCUGCAUCUUCAACGCUAGUGAGGAUAUGGAAACAAUGCACAACUUUGAACAGGUAUUCGUGAAACUCAUGAGACGUUAUAAAUAUCUGGAAAAAAUGUUUGAAGAGGAAAUGAAAAAGGUGCUGGUGUACAUUAAAGGUUUCGAGCCCCUACAGCGCGUGAAGCUGGCAAGAAUGACUGCGCUUUGGAUAUGUAACGGAUGUGUGCCGCCUUCGGUGCUUCUGGUUUUGGUCAAUGAACAUCUCCUAAAAGAGAAUGUAGCGCUAGAAUUUGUUCUGGAGGUUUUCGCGACGGUGAAAAAUGAACGUGGAGUCGCCUCUCUUGUCACUGCGCUAAAGAAAGGGCAGCUCGAGGGCAGGUUGCUGGAGUUCCUGCCGCUCAACCGCCGCAGCGAGGAGUCUCUAGCGGCGAUGUUCGGGGCCCGCGGUCUCGGAGAAGUGGUUAGGCUCCACCGCGCCCAGGCGUCGCAAGAGGCGAGACGCGAGCUCACUCGGGUGCUCGACGAGGAACUGAACGACGAGCGUCCGGUCCGAGACAUCAUCCCAGACCUGCGCGAUAUGGCCCAGAAGAACAACAUACCCGACCACGAAGUGGUUGCGAUCAUAUGGCAGUGCGUGAUGGCUCGCGGCGAGUGGAACAAGAAGGAGGAGCUGCUGGCCGAGCAGGCGGCCAAACACCUUCGCCAGUACACUCCUCUCUUGGCUGCCUUCGCGCAUUCCGCAAAAGCGGAGAUCGCUUUACUCACUAAGGUUCAAGAAUACUGCUACGAGAACAUGAACUUCAUGCGAGCGUUCAGCAAGCUCGUUGUGAUGCUGUAUAAGAGCGAAGUUGUCUCCGAAGAAGUGAUACUGCGUUGGUAUCGCGAUCCAAACUCUUCGAAGGGCAAGUUGAUGUUCCUCGAACAGAUGAAGAAGUUUGUUGAGUGGCUGCAAAGCGCCGAAGAGGAAUCUGAGAGCGGAGAAGAGGAAGAUUAA